AUGGCUUCUCUUGGUGGUAACAUUUUACCCCUCGGCCUUGACCUCAAAACUUCCUUUGCUGGACUGAGUGCAUUGGCACUUAGCGGCCUGCUCUUUGCCAGUAUUCUUUCUACAAAAGAAGCGGAAAGGAACGGCAACGAGGCCCCGAGCCUCCUGAAGUCUUGCUUGCUAUUCUUUUAUACCUGUUUCAUCAAGCCGCACAGUGGCGACAAGAAGGGCAACCAGCAGGAUGCCCUUGAGAGCUUCUACGAGAAGCAAGCCGGCGCUUAUGAUGCAACCAGGAAGGUUCUCUUGCAAGGUAGAGAGGACAUGCUCGCGCUUGUCGCAGCACAACUGAAGGCCAAUGACCGCCCCAGCAAGGGCGGCAAGGCCAAGCGGAUCUGGGUUGAUGUUGGUGGAGGAACGGGUUGGAACAUCGAGGCCAUGUCCAGCUUCGUCAAUGUUCCCGAGUUCUUCUCCAGUGUAUACCUUGUUGACUUCUCCCCGUCUCUCUGCGAAGUUGCCCGACAGCGGUUUGAACGCCUUGGCUGGAAUAACGUCAAGGUUGUAUGCGAGGACGCGAGGAAGUUUAGCCUCGAGGAUUAUGAAAAUGAUCUUCCGACCAACCGCAUUCCUCCGCGCUCGCCUGUCCUGAGCUACCUCUCCCAGAAGCGCGUCGAGCAUGGCGGUGCCGAUCUCGUCACCAUGUCGUAUAGCUUGUCCAUGAUCCCUGACUACUACUCUGUCGUCGACUCGCUCACUUCACUCUUGUCUCCUGACGGCGUGAUGGGUGUGGUUGACUUCUACGUCCAAUCCAAGACCGACUUCUCGUUCCGCAACUUCACAGGUGGGCUUGUCGGACGCCAUGUCAACUGGUUUCUGAGAACCUUUUGGCGCGCAUGGUUCGACAUAGACCGAGUGGGUCUCGAGGCCAGUCGUCGCGACUACCUUGAGUAUAAGUUUGGUACGGUUCUCAACAUCAACGCCCGCAACUACACUCUUGGUUGUAUUCCAUACUAUGUGUGGGUCGGUUGUCACAAGAAGCCUUUCUCCUCUACAAGUCUGCCCCACGAGAUCAUUGAGAAGAUCGAUGCUCUUGCCACAGAGUCUCCUUACCUAUUCCCUGCCAACCAGGGCGAUGCCCUUACCCGUGCAGUCGAAAGAUCGGCGCCCGAGAUCCGUUCCAAGGCCUUCAUGGCAGCGAUCCAGAAUCUGUCUGCGAACCUGCCACUGCCUUCGUUCUUCUACCAGAAACACCACUGGCGCAUCUACUACGACGACCAGCUCCAGAAGCACACCCAGUUCAACGAUGAGUACAUCUAUGCCUUCACGUGGGAAGACUCGCAGGUGGAUGAGCGCCUCCUCAGGCUCGGCUCGGACGACGUAGUGCUGGCCAUCACCAGCGCCGGUGACAACAUCCUAUCUUAUGCCAUGCAAAGCCCAGCCAGAAUCCACGCGGUUGACCUGAACCCUACGCAGAACCACCUCCUCGAGCUCAAAGUUGCAUCCUACACCGCCCUCCCCUACGAGGACUUCUGGAAGCUGUUCGGCAAGGGUAAACAUUCUGAAUUCCGUUCGCUGCUCCUCACAAAGCUCUCCCCCCAUCUGUCCAGCCGUGCGUUCCAGUACUGGCUCCAGAACGUUCAUGUCUUCGCCAACUCCAAGGGCUAUGGGCUCUACGAUACGGGCGGUUCACGUCACGCCAUCCGCGUCUUCCGCUGGAUCUCGCGCAUCUUUGGUUGCCGCGCUGCCGUCAAGGAGUUCCUUUCCACAAAGACCCUCAAUGAGCAGCGCGAGGUCUGGCUUAAUAAGAUUCGUCCCGCCCUGCUCUCGAAGCUCGUUUGCAACCUCAUCGUCAGUCAGGAAAGCUUCCUCUGGGCCGCUCUCGGUGUUCCCAAGAACCAGCUCGCCAUGAUCGAGAACGAUCACGCCGAGAGCGAGGCUGUCAAGGGGCCGAGACCGAUGGAUCGGAAGGUCCGCUCGCAUGCUAUCUGGCGUUACAUGGUAGACACUCUCGACCCUGUCGCAGAGCAGACGCAUAUCGCCGUCAACAAUCCAUACUACCAUGUUUGCAUGACUGGCGACUUCACCAAGCGCUGCCAUCCCGACUACCUCUCGGAGAAGGCCCACGCCAAGCUCUCCCGCCCCAACGCCUUUGAUGGCCUGCGCAUACACACAGAUGAGAUUGACGAGGUCAUCAAUCGUAUCAUGCCCGGUACACUGACCGUUGCUGUCGUCAUGGAUAGCAUGGACUGGUUCGACCCAGGCGCCCCGGCCGCCGCUGCACAGAUUACGAAGCUCAACCGCGCCCUCAAGAAGGGUGGCCGUGUGCUUCUCCGCUCGUCUGCGCUGAACCCGUGGUACAUCAAGGUCUUCGAGGCCCAUGGCUUCUCUCCCAAGAGAGUCGGCGCCCGUAUCGACGGAGCCUGUAUCGACAGAGUUAAUAUGUAUAAGUCAGCAUUCCUAUGCAUUAAAGUCGAGAACCUGCCACCGCCGACACCCGAGAUGGACUGUAUGGGCGGCUCUGAGAUCACCAGCCUCUCCUUGUCGAGCUAA